GUUUCGUGCCGCCGUCGAGAAGUAGCGUCCGGGCCGCUCACGUGGACAAGCGCUCGUGGAUUCCCGCCUUUUCCCCUUCUCUGAUUCUCGCCGCUUUGUCUCUCGAGUCUCGACCUCGCGCUCAAAAGCCCUCGUCGUCUCUCUCCGAAGCGUUCGAUCUCCGCCGCUAAUGGUGCCUUCCCGCCGCCUUAGCGGUCGCUCGCCGCUUGUUCGGAAGCAGAGCCAGAUCACCACCUUCUUCUCUCCCGGCCACGCUUCCAAGCGAAGCCCUAAUCCCAGCCCAAGUGCCGAUCCCUCUCCGUCCCAACCCAAGGAGAAGAAGCCGCGGCUCGUGAUCUCCCCUUCCUCCUCUCCCGGUGUCAACACUCCUCCCUCUGCCGCCAAGAGUGGCUUCACGGAGGAUGUGGUCGGUAGGCGGAUCAAAGUCUUCUGGCCCCUUGACAAGGUCUGGUACGAAGGGAGGGUCUCUUCCUACGAUGCUUUGCAAGGGAAGCACCUGGUCCUGUAUGAUGACGGAGAGGAUGAGACGCUUGAUCUUAGCAGAGAGAAGUUUGAGUGGGUGGAGGAGGAGCCGCCAAGAAGGCUCCGUAGGCUGAGGCGGUUGUCGUGCACGGUGGAGAAGGAUUGUAACUCAGGGAAUGUGGAGGAUGGGGUUGGCGAGGAGGAUUCUAGUGGAGACGAGGAAUGGAGAAAGGUUGGGGGAAAGGACUCAGAGGAAGAUGACUCAGAUGAGGUGGAAUUGGAGGAUGAGGACGACGUGGUUGUGGUGAACUCGAGUGGCCGGUCCAGGACAUCUACAGGUUCAAAGAAAAGGAAGAAGAUGGACGUUGAAAGCUUAGAUUGUACUAAAAAAUUAAAUUUUGGUGGAAAUGGAGGGAAGAUUAUGAAUAAAUCCUCCCCAUGCGCAGCGGAAAUUACUUCCUUUUGCUCACCCUUGACUAGUGAUAAGAGGGCACAAAUCCAGACUGCUAUUAACAACAUUCUAACUUCUGAAGUAGCCGAACGGUUUGAGAGACGAGAAGCAGAGAAGUUCAGAUUCUUGCGGGUAGGGCGUAUGGAUGCUAAAAGGAGACGUCCUGGAGAUGAAAACUAUGAUCCAAAAACUCUUUAUUUGCCACCUGAAUUUUUGAAGACCUUGUCAGGUGGACAGAGGCAAUGGUGGGAAUUCAAGUCAAAGCAUAUGGAUAAGGUUUUAUUCUUCAAGAUGGGGAAGUUCUAUGAAUUGUUUGAGAUGGAUGCUCAUAUUGGCGUUCGAGAACUUGAUUUGCAAUAUAUGAAGGGGGAACAACCUCAUUGUGGGUUUCCAGAGAAGAACUAUUCCUCGAAUUUGGAGAAAUUGGCUAGAAAGGGUUUCCGUGUACUUGUUGUGGAGCAAACAGAGACUCCAGAACAACUUGAACUUCGCCGUAAACAGAUGGGUUCGAAGGACAAGGUUGUCAAACGUGAAAUAUGUGCAGUAGUUUCACAAGGCACACUGACUGAAGGAGAAUCACUUAUGACAAAUCCUGAUACAUCUUAUAUUUUAUCAGUCACUGAAAAUUGCAAAAUUCUUGAUGACGCUGGUAAAGGAGGUGUUAUUCUAGGUCUUUGCUUUGUUGAUGUUUCCACAAGCAAGUUCAUGAUUGGACAAUUUGAAGACGAUAUAGAACGGUCUUGGUUGCGGUCAAUGUUGUCUGAAUUGAGGCCUGUAGAAGUCAUAAAACCUUCAAGGACACUCAGCCUAGAGACUGAAAGAGUCAUAAGGAAUAAUACACGAAAUCCAUUAGUUAAUGAUUUAAAGCCUUCUGUAGAGUUCUUGGACGCUGAAAAAACUGUUAAUGAGGUCAGGAAGUAUUAUAGCCUAUCAGCGCUUUCUUCAUCAUCAAAAAGUAUUGUCACUUCUAAUAAUGGAGGGGAUAGUACGGGUGAGCUUCCAGAUAUAUUAAUUGAACUAGUGAAUUCUGGCAAUGAUGGUUCAUGUGCUCUUUCGGCUCUUGGUGGCUGCCUUUUUUACUUACGGCAAGCUUUUCUAGAUGAAAAAUUGCUUAAGUGUGCUAAAUUUGAGCGACUUCCAUGCUUGGCUUUCUUGAAUAAACUCCAAAAGUCAUAUAUGAUGCUUGAUGCAGCUGCCCUUGAAAACCUUGAGAUACUGGAGAACAGUAAUGGAGGCCUUCGAGGAACACUAUUUGCCCAACUGGAUCAUUGUGUUACAGCAUUUGGAAAAAGGUUACUUAAAGGAUGGCUUGCGAGGCCACUUUAUAGCACAAAAUCAAUUGAAGAACGUCAAGAUGCUAUAGCAUGCUUCAAGGGUGCUGGUUGUGCAUCCGCUCUUGAUUUCCGAAAAGAACUUUCAAGACUUCCAGAUAUGGAGCGUUUACUUUCACGCCUAUUCUCGAGUUGUGAGGCUCAUGGAAGGAAUGCCAAUAGAGUUAUUCUUUAUGAGGACGCAUCAAAGAAACAGCUUCAAGAAUUUAUUGCUUCCCUUCGUGGAUGUGAAACAAUGAUCCAAGCCUGUUCUUCUCUGUACAGUAUAUUGACCAUGACAGAAUCUACUUUGCUUCAUCAUUUAUUGACUCCAGGGAAAGGCCUACCUGACAUGUCUCCAGUGAUAGAGUAUUUCAAGGAUGCUUUUGAUUGGUCAGAAGCUAACAGCUCUGGGCGUGUUAUUCCUCAUGCUGGAGGUGAUUGUGAGUAUGAUGCUGCUUGUCAGAGGAUUAAGGAAAUUGAAUCUAACUUGGCCAAAUAUUUGAAGGAACAACGUAAGACACUAGGAAAUUCAGAGAUAAAUUAUGUUACAAUUGGGAAAGAUUCAUACCUUCUUGAGGUACCUGAGAGUUUAGGAGGAGCUAUUCCAAUGGAAUAUGAGAUGCAGUCAUCAAAAAAGGGGUAUUUCCGGUAUUGGACACCAAAAAUAAAAAAAUUGUUAGCAGAACUCUCUCAAGCUGAGGCAGAGAAAGAGUCAGCACUUAAAGGCAUUCUCCAGAGGCUAAUUGGACAAUUUAGUGAACAUCAUACCAAAUGGAGGCAGUUGGUAUUCGUAACAGCAGAGCUAGAUGUUUUAAUUAGUGUGGCAAUUGCAAGCAAUUACUACGAGGGACCAACGUGUCGGCCCAUCAUCAGAGAAGCUUGUCUUGAAAAUGAACCAUAUUUGUCUGCUAGAGGUCUUGGACAUCCUGUUCUUCGGAGCGAUGUCUUAGGAAUGGGUUCUUUUGUUCCAAAUGAUGUAAGAAUUGGUGGCAUAGAACCUAGAUUUAUCCUUCUCACAGGUCCAAAUAUGGGUGGUAAAUCAACACUUCUUCGCCAAGUUUGUUUAGCUAUAGUUUUGGCCCAGCUAGGGGCAGAUGUUCCUGCAGAAAGUUUUCAGCUCUCGCCUGUUGACCGCAUCUUCGUUCGAAUGGGUGCUAGAGAUAAUAUUAUGGCAGGGCAAAGUACAUUUUUGACGGAACUUUCAGAAACUGCUGGCGUACUGUCGUAUGCUACUCAAAAUUCUCUUGUAGCACUAGAUGAGCUUGGGAGGGGCUCAUCAACUUCCGAUGGGCAAGCUAUUGCGGCAUCUGUUCUCGAGUAUCUUGUCAAUGUAGUGCAAUGUCGCGGACUGUUUUCUACUCAUUAUCACCGAUUGACACUAGAAUAUCAGAAGACUACUAAGGUUUCAAUAUGCCAUAUGGCUUGCCAAGUCGGCAUGGUUGAAGGCGUGGAAGAAGUUACUUUUCUUUACAGGUUAACGCCCGGUUCAUGUCCCAAGAGUUACGGUGUUAAUGUUGCUCGUUUAGCGGGAUUACCAUUGUCAGUGCUUCAAAAGGCCGCCAAGAAGUCUAACGAUUUCGAGAAUGAUAACCAGAAGGGCCAUACUGCGACGGAACGGCUGAUUUCAGACGAGAAGACAAACGCGGAAACAACUCUUAUUAAAGAGUUGCUCUCUGUGGUAGAGACCUGGAAUCUGCGCCGAGAUUCUCAAGCUGUAAACCUGAGCCUACUCAGUAACAUCCAACAAAGAGCAAAGUCACUAGUGCCGAGCACAUAAUAUCAAAAUUUUCAUUCGAGAACAAUUUAAAAACUAGGUUGAGUGCCAUGUUUUGAGUUCCCAGAUAGAAAUUGUUACUCGCAGUUAUUGUUCAUAGUAGAAGCUUCACUGAAACUCAAUUGAAGGUCAUUAAGAUUGAUCUCAGUUCAAUUUCUGUUUAUUUUGUGAGGUAGCAGCCCAAUGCUAAAUUUAGUCGAUUUCUUCGGCAAUGGGUCGAGACACCUACCCUAUUGUACAGAGACAUUUCGGUGAUAUCGAUACGAUACACUGUUGUUAAUUUUGCAUAAUCACAAGAUUAUACCAUUUGAGGA